AUGUUUCCUCUCGUACCUGGCGGCUUACCGUGGGGCCAAGACCCACUUACUUCGUCUCCUCAUCGAUUCGUUACCGUUACGCCUGUGCGUGACGAUCUCAUCGUCCCGCCGUUACACCUGCCGCUGGUCUUUACUGGUAAUGCUCUCCCUGCCAUGCCUCCGCUUGCUGCGGGCCCUAUCCGUCUCCCGAGGUCGGCGCCGCCGCCUUUAGACCCUGUCGCGGCUCUGUAUUACUCUGAGUUUACCGGGGACGUGUCAGUGCGGCCGCCGCUCACGGCCGCCUUGCUCUCCAUCUACCAGGUGCACCAACGUCAGUGGGUCUCUGAGAGCUGGCGGCGGGUUCAAAGUGCUGCGCGAGAAUUUCAUGGCUGGUUGCAGCGCCAGUCUCUCGGGCUCACCUUGCUCACCUGCGAUCCUAUGUCCAUAGUUUCGUAUCUGGUGGAAUGGUGGUUCCCCCGGCACCCUGGGCGUCUGCGGGCAGACCGGCGUCCCAGCGCCAGUGCUGUAAAAAGGGUUAUCUCGAGCCUUGCGACUGCCUUUAAGCAGCUGGGCCGGGAAGGGGACUAUGACGCCUCUCAAAGCCGCGGGAAUCCUUGCGACAGCUCAUUGGUGGUGCACCCGGGCACCCGUUAUAAGUCACCUAAGUUGGCCCCGCAUUGCUCCUCUGACACGUGGUAG